CUGCAAAAUACCACGAGUCGACGAUAUCUCUGUGCUUAACAGACACCUAGAGUUGAUGGGUAUAGACUCUUGGUUAUCCCUUGCCGGGCGCACACCUGAGCUAUCAGAUGGUCCGGCCAAUCUACUUCGAACUGCUCCGGCGCUUAUCAGUCGCUUGAUGCGAGAAUUUGGGGACGACUUUGCGAAUUUUGAAUUCACUGCAACGAAAGGUGGUUUGCAGAUUAUACAAAGCCUUGCAAGAGAAUUGAUGCAACCUUUGGAAGACGAAAGCUUGAGUGAAGCAGAGCAGAUCUUCACCUCGGUUGCUUUGUUACGGAUUGCAAAAGUAGCAUUGUGCAUUGCGCUAGAAUCAGAUACAGAACAGAUUCGAGGAUAUCUUUCGACGGAUAUACAAGUAUAUGUAGCUUGAAAACAGGGGUAGAACAGAGACCUUGAUGCAACGGAAGCUCAGAUCUGUCGAAGUAAUAACAGAAGGAAGGACGUAGAAGCUCAUAUCUGCUACUAAGAAAGGAAUUCAAAGCACUACAAAGCCUCACCAUCAUUAAAAUCUCCAUCAAAA